GCCAGACUCUGUUCUACACAAACUUGCGCCGGCAAAGUAUAGUCGCCGGAAAGGUAAGUCGCAGCGGUUCAGGCAGAAGCAGCGAGAAGGCAACUCUUCCUUUAUUGUAUUUCUGUAUCCCCCGACCUGUGACGGUGGCACAAGCUGCUCUCUCACCACCACCACCACGUUCAUCUUAGUCGGAUAUUUAUAAUUCUUGCAAAUAUAAUCGGACCCCCAAUGGACUGAAGAAGCUGGAACAAAGAUCGGUUCACAUUUUCCAACAUGAAGGCGCUUUCAAGAAUUUCGAUUCAAGGGAAAGGAGUAACAUUCAACAAUUCACUCCGGAAGAAGUUUUCAUCCUUCUGUCUUCAACAAAUAGAUGGACCAGGACAAGGCGUGGAAAGAGUCUGCAAAAUUCUAGAGACUGGUCCAUGGGAAGCUUCAACAGAGAGUGCUCUGUCUUCCAUUGAUGAAGCCCCUCAUACUGAAUUGAUAAUCCGAGUUCUAAGCCAGCUCAAGAACAUCAACACAGCAGUGAACUACUUCAGAUGGACCGAGAGAAAGAUUGAUAAACCCCAUUGUCCAGAGGCAUACAACACACUCAUAAUGUUAAUGGCUAGAAUUAAACAGUUUGAUCAUCUAGAAAAGAUUCUAGAAGAAAUGAGCAUUGCUGGAUUCGGUCCAUCCAACACUACAUCAAUGGACGUAGUUGUUAACUGUGUCAAGUCCCAUAAACUGCAAGACGCAUACGAUUUCAUUCACACCAUGAGGAAAUUCAAGUUCAGGCCUGCAUUCUCCGCUUACACAACUCUAAUCGGUGCUUUAUCCGAAGUUCACCAGCCCGACCAAAUGUUAAUACUUUUUAAUCAGAUGCAAGAAUUAGGUUAUGAGCCAAGUGUCCAUCUCUUCACCACUCUAAUUCGCGUUUUGGCAAACGAAGGCCGAGUUGACGCCGCAUUAUCUCUUCUAGAUGAACUGAAACGCAAUUCGUUGGAGGCUGAUAUCGUCCUUUAUAAUGUAUGCAUAGAUUGCUUUGGAAAAGCGGGUAAAGUAGAUAUGGCUUGGAAAUUCUUUCACGAGCUGAGAACAAUCGGGCUCAAGCCAGACGAUGUCACCUACACUAGCAUGAUAGGUGUCCUAUCGAAAGCUAAUAGGAUCCAAGAAGCUGUUGAAAUAUUCGACGAGAUGGAAGCCAAUCGAAAUGUCCCAUGUGCGUAUGCGUAUAACACAAUGAUCAUGGGUUUUGGUUCGGUUGGGAUGUUCGAUGAAGCUUACAAUCUACUCGAAAGGCAACGUUUAAAAGGGAGUAUACCGAGUGUGAUUGCUUAUAAUGGCAUCCUUACUUGUCUCGGGAAGAAGGGUAAAGUCGACGAAGCUAUGAAAAUAUUCGAGGAAAUGAAGAAAGACGCGAAACCUAGUCUCGCCACUUAUAACAUCAUCAUGGACAUUCUUUGCAAGGGAGGAAAACUCGAGACUGCUUUCAAGAUUCGAGAUUUCAUGAAAGAAAUCGGUUUGUUUCCAAACAUUCGGACCGUGAAUAUAAUGAUAGAUAGAUUGUGUAAAGCUCGAAAGCUUGAUGAAGCCUGUUCUAUCUUUGAGGAGUUGGAUCACAAAGUAUGCACCCCUAAUGAAGUAACUUUUUGUUCGUUGAUUGACGGUUUGGGCCGAAGUGGAAGAGUUUCGGAUGCUUACACACUUUACGAGCGUAUGUUGGAUUCGGGUAGGACUCCUAAUGCCAUUGUCUUUACGUCACUUAUUCGGAACUUCUUUAUGUCGGGAAGGAAAGACGAUGGCCACAAAAUAUACAAAGAGAUGAUUCGAAUGGGGGCGUCCCCGGAUCUUCACCUACUCAACACAUACAUGGAUUGUGUUUUCAAAUCUGGCGAGACAGAAAAAGGUCGUAAAUUAUUCGAUGAAAUUAAAACGUGGGGUCUUACUCCUACCGUCCAUAGCUAUUCGAUAUUAAUCCACGGGCUUAUAAAGGCGGGUUUAGCACGCGAAACCGAUAAAUUGUUCUCCGCCAUGAAACAACAAGGAUGUGUCCUAGACACGCUUGCUUACAACACAGUUAUUGAUGGACUCUGCAAGUCAGGUCAAAUCGAUAAAGCCUACGAGCUUCUCGAGGAAAUGAAGGUGAAGGGUUGUCCACCAACCGUCGUUACCUACGGGUGUGUAAUUGACGGGCUUGCGAAAAUUGACCGCCUAGACGAAUCUUACAUGCUUUUUGAAGAGGCGAAAUGCAAAGGCCUUGAAGUAAACGUGGUUGUCUAUAGUAGUCUAAUUGACGGGUUUGGUAAAGUAGGAAGAAUCGACGAAGCUUAUCUAGUCAUGGAGGAGUUAUUGCAAAAGGGUUUAACCCCAAACGUAUACACAUGGAAUUGCUUGCUCGAUGGGCUUGUAAAGGCCGAGGAAAUAAACGAAGCGCUUGUUUGGUUUAAUUCAAUGAAAGAAUCCAAAUGUAGUCCAAAUGCCGUAACCUAUGGGAUUCUAAUAAACGGUCUUUGUAGGGUUCGGAAAUUCAACAAAGCGUUUGUGUUUUGGGAAGAAAUGCGUAAACAAGGACUAGAACCGAAUAUGUAUACUUACACGAAUAUGAUUUCUGGGCUUGCCAAAUCUGGAAAUAUAGUGGAUGCAAAUGGACUGUUUAGGAGGUUUAGUGACAAUGGAGGAAAGCCUGAUGCAGCCUGCUGUAAUACAAUGAUCGAGGGGUUAAGUUUUGCGAACCGAGCAAUGGAAGCGUUUUCUGUGUUUGAGGAAACUAGGUUAAAAGGGUGUAACAUAUAUUCUAAGACAUGUGUUGUUCUUCUUGAAGCCUUGCAGAAGGGUGAGUGUCUUGAGCAGGCUGCAAUUGUGGGUGCUGUCUUGAGGGAAACAGCAAAUGCUAGGCAUGCUGAAAGAUAAUAAGAGCCUUACAAGAGGUAACAGUCUUUUCUUGAGUAUUCUUUGCUGCAAUUGUUAGUUAUAAUAUGGAUUGAAAGGAAUGCUAGGGUGUUUGGUACACCAAGAGCUUGUUUAAUGUAGGUCUUUUUUUGGCAAUAAUCUGAUUUUUU